AUUGUACGUCACUUUUUUAGAAGGCUAUGGAUUAGCGGCCGAUAGUGUUUUCUAUAAUUGAAAAGUAUUUAUUUUACUCUAGGUUUAGCGUAGCUCUCGUAGUAAUAAACUAAUAAAUAGUAGGCAAAACAUGUCGUAUUCAAAUAAAUACAUUUUCGCGGCUCUGCCGAGGACGCAACGCGGUACACCGCUUGUUUUGGGCGGUGAUCCGAAGGGCAAAAAUUUCCUGUACACGAACGGAAAUUCGGUGAUUAUCCGCGAUAUUGAGGACCCGGCGAUCGCCGAUGUGUACACGGAGCACUCCUGCCAGGUUAACGUGGCAAAAUAUUCCCCCAGCGGCUUCUACAUCGCUUCAGGAGACGCGUCAGGCAAAAUCCGCAUCUGGGACACCGUGAAUAAGGAGCAUAUCCUCAAGAAUGAGUUCCAGCCAAUCGGUGGGCCCAUUAAAGAUAUCGCAUGGAGUGCGGACAGUCAGCGUAUGGUCGCUGUCGGCGAAGGCAGGGAGAGAUUCGGCCACGUGUUUAUGUCUGAAACUGGCACCUCCGUCGGCGAGAUCAGCGGGCAGUCCAAGCCGAUCAACUCGGUGGACUUCCGUCCCGCGCGCCCGUUCCGGAUCGUCACGGCCUCGGAGGACAACACGCUGGCCGUGUUCGAGGGGCCGCCGUUCAAGUUCAAGUGCACUAAACAAGAGCACUCCCGCUUCGCGCAGGCGGUCCGCUACAGCCCCGAUGGUAGUCUGUUCGCGUCGGGUGGCUUCGACGGAAAGAUCUUCCUUUUCGAUGGCGUUACUUCGGAGCUUAAAGGAGAGUUCGGCUCCCCAGCCCACAAAGGCGGAGUGUACGGCAUCGCCUGGUCCCCCGACGGCAAGCAGCUGCUCUCCUGCUCCGGAGACAAGACCUGCGCCGUGUGGGACGUCGAGACCAUGGAGAGGAGCAUACUCUUCAACAUGGGGAACGCUGUGGAGAACCAGCAAGUAUCAUGCCACUGGCAAGGCAAGCACCUGAUCGCCGUCUCACUGUCCGGAGACAUCAGCUACCUCGACCCUGAGAACCCAGACAAGCCACUCCGGGUCCUCACCGGCCAUAACAAGCCCAUCACUUGUCUGGCUUUACAUCCGGAUAAGCACACUGUUUAUACAGCUAGUCAUGACGGAUAUGUCACCGCUUGGAAUGUUGCUACAGGUGAAGGCCAACACAUCCAAGGUCAAGGGCACGGCAACCAGAUCAACGGCAUGCGCGCCGGCAAAGAUGGUUCCCUGCUCACCUGCGGCAUCGACGACUCGCUGCGCCGCGCCGUGCCCAAAGCUGAAGGCGAAGUGCCGACGUACACGGAGGCGGCCGUGACGCUGGGCUCGCAGCCGCGCGGCAUGGACCACAUCCUCGACGACGACACCACCAUCAUCGCCACCGUCAAGGAGCUGUGCGUGAUCAUCGGCGGCAGCAAGCAGUCGGCGAUCCCUCUCAACUUCGAGCCCACCUGCGUCGCCAUCGACCCUAAGAGCCGGCACGUCGCCGUUGGAGGAGCGGACAACAAAGUUCGCCUGUUCACCCUGGACGUCCGCACUCUGACCUCGGGAGUUGUCCUGGAGCAUCUCGGCCCCGUCACCGACGUCCGUUUCAGCCCCGACUCGGCUUAUCUAGUCGCCAGCGACGCUAAUAGGAAAGUCAUCCUGUAUAGCACUGAGGAAUACAAGCCGGCGCACAACAAGGAAUGGGGCUUCCACACGGCGCGCGUCAACUGCGUCGCCUUCAGCCCGGACUCCAAGCGCGUCGCCUCCGGCUCGCUCGACACCAACAUCAUUGUGUGGAGCGUAGAAAACCCUGGCAAGCACAUCAUUAUCAAAAACGCACACCCACAGAGCCAGAUCACCGGCGUGGCGUGGCUGGACGACGAGACCAUCGUGUCCGUGGGACAGGACGCCAACACACGCGUCUGGAACGUGCCUAAAGCAUAAACACACACACACAUACGGGCAUUGACGUAUAAAAUCUAAGGACGGGCUAAUGGGGCACUAAAAAUGGUACUAGUUCAGCGGAGUUACUCACGAAUUCCAGCCAAUAGUGCAGUCUAACGCAACUAGUUGCAACCAAUGGCGCGCGUAAUAUGAACUCGUCCACCAAUCGCGCGCGUGAUGCGAACUCAUCCACCAAUCGCGUUGUAGCGGUUUCACACCGCUGUACUGGCCCCUGUCAUGCCUCAUUAUUAUUGCCCGUAAAGCCAGUCCCUAGAUAUCUAUGUCAAUGCAUACGGGGAGAUACUGCGUCGAACGGAUAUUGUGGGGACCGUGCGCGUUGGGGCGUCUUGGGGCCUAAAUCGAAAAACCAAGUCUAAAACAACAUAAUUUUGGUUAUUUAUCCUUUGAUGAUCAUUACGACGGACACAAGUGUAUCUUGUAUACCUAUGUGGGAAAAUAAAUGAAUAAAAAAAUAGGACAAUUGAGCGUCAGGGAGGAUUCAACUACAGAUGUAUUGCAUAAUUCUUUUUCAUCGUAUUUUCACGGAAACGUACGAACGUGUCUUGCCAUUUCAGUCAGUCUUGGUACAAAAAGUGCUGAGUUUGAGUGAAGUACCAUGACAAAAUACGAACGUUUCCGAGAAAAUACGAUGGAAAACAAUUAUGCAUUACGUCUGUAUCUUGGCUAAAUGUGCACUUUAAAGAGUCAAACCUGAUAUUGACAAUUCAUGCCAAUAAGCAAGUACUAAGCAGUAUUGUCCUUUUCGAGGCAUAGUAAUUAUCGACCACAUACGCGGAAAUGGAAUUUCAACUUUAUCAUUACGAUUUAAGGUUCAAAUUAGAUGGCACUUUCGGGAAAUGUGAUUUAUAUUCAAAUGUAUGUAUUUGGGAUUUUUGUGUGAAAUCCUUGUUGAUCGGUGCGACCUGGAAAAGGGUUAACUGUCCCCUACAGUUCAUGCUUCCUCGUGUGCUAUAGGAUUUACCGAUUUUGGCGUAAAACGAUGUUCCUCAGUCCACGCACGCUCUCUAUUAGUAUCCGAGUGGAUGUCAAUAAUUGUUAAACUAGGGGACAUCCCUGGGGAGACCAGCCUUAAAUAUCCAAAUAGUUAUUGAAUACAACUAGAAAGUUCCAUUAUUCAUAGUGCAUUUAUGAUUUAUCCUAUUAAGCUAUAGUCAUAUGCGGCUGCAAAAGCACUUCCAAUUUUAAAGCGGAAAUAAAUGGAGGAAAUCAACUCUACAAUCUCUAAUUUUAUAAUUAAAAAAGAAAUAGGCGACAUGUCUCCCCAAAAACAACGAUAUUUAUAACCCAGAUUUUCUACAUAUAAUUUAACUAACAUAUUUAUUUUGCUUACUUUAAGUUAUAAACUUAAUCAGAUGCUCAGUUUUAUGACAUAAUUUAUUUUUACUAACUGCGCGCGUAUUUAAUUUAAAUGGGACUGACUGUUAAUUUUGAUCUCAAUCAAUCAAAACUGAAGGGUUUGUAAAUGUUGUUAAACUGCAAUAUAUCCAUGACCACAUCUGAUCACUGUAUUGAUAUUGAUAAAUACAAACGUAUUAUAGAGGUCUAUAACAAAAAUAAAACACGACGCCAUUUUUUGAUAUUAUAGCUCUAAGUGAUGUGCCGCACCACGCAAAACAGCCGUUAUGUUACAUUCGAAAACUCAUUCAAAUGUAUACCGUAUACUCCAGCAAUAAAUUCCAAAUUCAAAAUGGUUUUCCAAUUUCUCACGGUUUUGCGUAAGGAGCUGUAUUCAUGUGAAUAACCCUUUUAGAACCCAGGCAUUUAUAUACAAAUAUAUCUUUAUACCAACAUCAUAAUAUAAGAUGUCCAUGGGCAUCGAAGCGGUAAAUCUACACAAUCAAUUGCAUAUAUAGUCAAAAUUACUUAAAAACGCGAUUAUAUUUCUUGUUUUUGUCUGAAAUGGUUAUUCUUUUCAACAAAACUGCAUACAUGUUUAAAGAACUGCUCUAAGCAUGUAACAGUCAGUCCUGUAUUAUUUAUAAUAUCAUAGAGAUUUAGAUCUAAGAGAUCGCCAUCUGCUACUAACUAGUGUGACUGCAUUUAUACCAGUUUUCCUAUGAAUUGUGAACAAAACUUGUAUCUAAACAGUAUUUUUAUACUAAUUUCUAAAAUAUUUUUCUCGAUUUUUUACGUGAUUUCUACUGAACUAAAAUGAAGUAUGUAUGUAACUAGGAUAAGUAAUAAAUUGUAUACACUUGUA